AUGGCGUUUCGUGUGUUCCUCCUUGGUUUUCUUUUGACCUCCGGUGCUGCCCCUGUUGGUUUAAAGGAUGUACAGCGAGCCAAGACCAAAAAGCCAGGUGCUGACUACAGAGGUCACAGCCAGGUGGCGAUGAGUAAAAAGCUGAACGAUCACCUGAUCCGGGCUGAGAGUUCUUCCUCUCGAACGUUGCCAUGUGAGAAAUGGUCCCUGUCCGAGCUGCAGAGCUUCAUGGCCAUGGUGGCUGAGCACCGCAGCCAUGAGCUGCAGCUCAUUUACAAGUCCACCAUGGAUCGUCGAAGUAUACGUUCAGAGUCCUUGCCAGAGUUCCGAUCCCAGUGGCAGAGAUUCAAUCAACUGGUGAACAAGCAUCCUCAUUUACAUGCACCUCAGAAGGAGGCUCAUUGCAGAGAGGCGGUGAUGUGGUGGGUGCAUCACUUAGCUGAGGAGAAACGGCAAGAGCUCCGUUCCCGGCCCAACUUUUCUGUGCCGCUGCUUCCAGAGGGAGCAAAGAAACCCUGCGGCCAGCUGAAUAGCGAUGGGGGUGUGGCCAUUGACAAUGGCAUGCUUGCAGAAUCUGCAUCAGAUGCAGAAGAGCUUUGCGCCAAAGUCAACGAGGCGAAUUCUUGUGAUUGGUGUCACUCCACCCAGGCAGACCAUGACAAGGGCGUGCCAGGCACCUCAGUGCCCGAUGGGUUGAAGAAGUUCACCGGGCCGGACGAUGGCAACCCGCAGGGCUGGAACCGAACGCGGCGCUGCGAUCAGGAUCAGAUGCCGCGGUGCCAACUUUGUGAGGGCAUUGGGGGCAUGGCAUACGGCGAUCCCAAUGACGACAUCAUCAUCACGCCAUGUGAGAUUGUGGCCAACGCCAGUGAAGUGGACCCAAAAACUGUAGCCAAGCCCUUGUACCCGAAGCAGUUCACCAUCAAGCGCAAGGAUGGAAAGCAGGGUGGCUAUUCCGACACUUUGAUCGGAUGGAAAACUGACCCCUUCUGCUUCGGAUUCUUCCCACAAAACGACUCCACGAAACCAAUGUGCUACAGAAGUGAGGAUGCUUUCAUCAAAUACUACGACAUUGAAAGGGAGGCGCAGCGUGCCGACUACACUAUCCACAAUGGAGGAUUGUUCGCAGCGUUCCCGAAUAUCACCUCUUCAAUCUUGCAUGUUCAAGAUCAGAUGUGGAUCCAAAAUGAUUUGUGGGGCGUGAAGCAGUGCAUUUGUUCGAACCCCUCCGGCAACCACUGCACCAAUCCUCCAUGCAAGGCCUAUGUUCAGCAUUGGGAUACCUUUGCAUCUGCGCAACAUCUUGGUCGCGAACGGAUUGGUGUCGAGUGGAUCCAAGAUCAUGGCGUGGGGCACUCUGCCAAGAUCAUGGAGCUGGAUCACUUCAUUCUCUGGGCACAUCAUGUUUGGACGGACCCAAUCUCCAAGCGCUUGGUUCGCGCAUGGAAACCCUUCAACGGUCUGCAGCUCUAUGACCCCGAGGCCUGGGAAGAUCAAGUUGAGGACCCCUCCGUGUUCGACUCGCCUCCCGAGAUGUGCAAGAAGGGCCACAGGUCGGUGAGGAUCCACUGUGACGAUGAUGGCAACUACCAUCCGAAGAAGUCUGCCAACACCCACAUCUUGGAUGCGCUCUUCCGAAGGGCCAUGGAAGGUGGACCCGAGGGCAUUUUCGAAUUCGCUUCGCAGCUUUGGGAAACCGCUUCUGUGGUUGUUUGA